CAAUUGACACUUCCGGUUUUAGGAACGGUGCAGAAAUGAAAUUGUUUACUAGUGUUGUAGCCAAAUUAACUCAAGAUUUGCAAGACAUAUUAUGCCAAAAUACAAAUGGAUGUCUGAGUGAGAAUUCAAUGAUACAAGAUGUCGUGUCUAAAACGGGUUUGAUGUUAUUGCAGUCCGGAAAUGUUUGGGAAUUAGUCGGAAGCAUACAGUCUGUCUACCGUGCACACCAGGCCCUCGCCAAACUUUUGGACGUAGAGUUUCACAUUGAAGUUGAAAAGCUAAUCUUAGAAGAUACAGUGGAGUUUUUAAGUUUGUCUUAUGAUGGUGAAAAACAAAGGGAAACGGGUGGUAAUCCCACACAUUUUGGUAACCCACAUGGGAAUAAUGAAGAUCAAAGCAAGGACAUUAAUUAUCUAAAAUCUCGAAAGAAAACCCAGGUCCCAGAUCCUGUAGUACUAUCAAUCAAUUUAAAUGAAUAUGAGAGAGGAUUCAGGAAAGAUAUUGCACAGCACGUGCAUCAAAACGAUCAAUUUAGAUCCAUGGCAACAAACGUAUCUUGCAACACUGAACCAGCAAAUCUGCGAAAACAGUUUGAUGAAAAUCUAAUUAGUGAGAGUAAAGAUGAAUCUCAAAAUUCUAACAGGUCAUUAAAAAAAACCAAAAGCUGUCAAGGACACAUUUCCAAUAAAUCGAGAAAAACAAAGACUCUCCACAGAAAAAAAAUUGUUUUUCCUAAAGAAGGUACGAAAAAGUGUAAAGACUUUGUCUCUGUGACCAAAAGAUCAAAGAAGGCUAAAAAAUUCAAAGAUGAAAUGAAUACUUGUGAGGACAAUUUCAAUGAUUCAGCAUUACAAAUGGUCAACAGUGAUGAAAAAAGUGACUGUGAGCAAGAAUACAACAGUACAGAGGAUAGUGAUGGCAUGGUGAUUAAAAAAUUCAAAAGACAGGAGUGUGAUUCGGACAAUGUGCAUGCUAAAUUAGAUCAGCCAGGAGACAAUUCUGAGGAAGAUCACAAAUCAACCAACCAAUCAAAAUUGCCUUCUCUAACUGUUACGUCAAUCUCAAUGAAAAAUAAAUGUGAUCUUUGUGACUAUGUUGGUAAACACUCUCGUGACUUAGGGCAGCAUAAAAUGGAAAAGCACCUGGACAAUGUUCUUGAAGUAGAAGAAUACAGUAACCUAGGAGAGUUAGAUGUGACAAAGAGUGACAACAUGCUGUACAAAAAAGUGGAAGAACAAGGGCUGAAACAUAUUGAUCCUAAAGCCAAAAAUAUACCCUGUCAAGUGAAAGAUUGUGUGUUUGUUGCUAAAAUGAAACACAACAUGAUUGAGCAUUAUGCAAGAAUGCAUUCUGUGAGAAACCUUAAAUGCAAAUUUUGUGAAACAUUAUUUUCUUUGUACAGAGAUUUAAAAAGACAUCUUAAACAUCAUAACAUUCAUUUUGCCUGUGAAAAGUGUGGGAAAAUGUAUCGUAGCUUGAGGACUUUUACAGUACAUCAAAAAACACAUGAAGAUGAUUUUGUUAAGCCAGAAUAUGAGUGCACUACAUGUGGCAAAAAAUUCAGCACAAAAUACGUCCUCAGAUAUCAUGUCAAGUCCGAGCACAUGGGGUUGAAAAAAUCCUUUAUUUGUCCAACAUGUGGUAAAAGUUUUACACAGAAACAGUCUUACAUCAUGCAUGCCAAUGUGCAUCUCGGAAUUCGCCCCUUUGUGUGUGAAGUCUGUGGGUUUUCCUUCCCGUAUGAAAAGUCGCUGAGAGAACACAAGUACAUGCAUGAAGAUGGGAAGCACUUUAAGUGUGAAAUCUGUGGUAAACAAUUUAAACAGCCAUCAGCUCUUGGCACACACAUGAAAAUCCACAAAGAAACUAAAGAUCAUUUGUGUAAAAUAUGCGGAAAAGGAUUCACGCAAAAGCAGGCAUUACUACGGCAUGAACGAGUUCAUUCUGGUGACAAACCCUUUACAUGCACCAUUUGUUCAAAGAACUUCAAUGACGCUUCCAUCAUAAGACGGCAUAUGAUCAUGGUGCACAAGAUUAACUCGAAGGACUGGAGAUCGUUUACUCUGAAUAACACACCUAGACAAACGGAGCAUUUCAUCCGAGUCCUUAGUGGAGAGCAGCAACCACAACUACAAGAGAAAGGCAGGCCCCCAAAACACUUGGAUCCACCAGGGGAUAGCUGUGUGAGCAACCCAGAGACUAUCUCACCACAGGCUUCAGUUCCAAGCAUUGACCAUGUUGACUUGCGAGCACAUGCUGCAUUAGCCCUGAGCUCUAUGGCCUCAAAUUGUACAUGCCCACCGAGAAGUGAUGCUAUAAAAUCCCCUGGAUCUGAAACAUUAAAUCAGAGCGUCAUGAUGCUGGACAGAAUAACAAACACCACUCUUAAUUCCCAGUCAGUUGUUGCUACUCCCCAUCCAACCAGUGCACCAUCUGUCAGCCAAGGAACUGGGGAGUGUUCUUUAUAUCAAAAUUACCUGACAAGUCUUCCUUCCACAAAUUACAGUCCGGUUCAGUCCAAGUCUGAUGAGGCAGGGAUUGGAGACCAGUUGAAUGCAAUGUACACCGUCCCUGUUCGAUCAGCCAUGUCCGAACCUUUACUAUAUCAGUACAUGAAUCUUACAAACUAUAACCAAUACAGUUAAAAACUCAGACAUCAAGGAGGAUAACUCUGUAAUAACUGGUAUUCAAAGCGUUGGUGCAGGGAUGACAACUCCUUGAAAUUAUGAGUCGGUCACAAGGCUGGCUAUACUCAAAAAUUGUCAGUCCUGCUCAAAAUCUGCCUAUUCUGUUGAUGUAUAUUAUUUACACAAGGACUUAUCAAAGUUCUUUUUACUAAAUUUACUACAGGUAAAUGAUACCUUCCCUUCUUCGACAACAAAUGAAUAUUUCCCCUUCCCCAGGUAAAAAUUUCACUUCAGUUGUACCUGUUGUAGAAACUACAUGAAAUUGUAUGAGAAUUUUAAUAUAAAUCUUUUUAUAUAUUUAUUCUGAGUCAUUUUCUAUUAUUAUCAAACUCUUACAAUAUAUUUGAUUGUAGAUAAGAAUCAGUAAUCAAUCAAUUUUUUUUUUUGAGAUACUGAAAUUUGAUGUUGUCACCCAUCUACCCUGGAAUUUCAUGACUGCAUUCUCAAAAAUUCCCUUGAAUAUAAAAUUGGUAGUAACAUCUAAAAGUUGAAUAAAACCCUGUUACAUGAAUGAAUUUACUAUAAAGUUUAUUGUGACAGUAAUUGAUAACUGGUGUUCAGCAGUACCUGUACUUUAAGUCUUUUUGAAUGGAUGUGUGUCAUAAAGAUGUGCUUAUUACUAUAUAUAUAUCAUUUGAUGUAGGUGUGAAUUGAUUGUUAUUGGAGUGCAGUGAGCUUUUCACUUGGUCUGUCAGUCCGUCUGUAAGUGCAUAUUAUUCUGUAGGCUUUUCAGUUACUUUCUAGCUAUUUUUGUGGAAAUGUUGUACACUAUCAUAGUAUGUAAUAGGGCUGUAAUGAUGCACUGCCUUAACAAUGUGAUUCGUAUUGCAAUAGUUAUACCACAAUUCCAUACUGUUAAGGUUGAUCGAUCCUCGUAUGACGUCAUAGGUUUUUGCAAAAUCUUUAUUUAAUUAAAUUUUGCGCAUGAUUGAAAUAUAUCUUUCACAGAAAUUUUAUUCACUGAAUAAAAUAAAAAAUCUGGUAAACUUUUGAUGCUGAAAAAGUUUUUAUUUUCCAUAGAUAAUCAAUUAUUAAUAAUUUUAAAAAUGUUGUCAAGGGCAAUAACUCCUAUGCUGGAAUUUCCUCUACUGCAUAUCUAUGACAUAAUGAUUUCACUAAUACCCACAAUUAAUUUUUAUAUAUCUAUGAAUUAUCAGAUUUCUUAAACUGUGGACAUUUAAAAUCUGUCAUUUCAACAAGUUUGUAUUAAUUUUCAUCAUUCUGUUGAACGAAAAUGUGCGAUUUUUUUAUGUUGAUAUAUGCUUCUGUUUUAGUAUGUCUGACAUCUUUAAAAGGGUGGCAACAUACACAUUUUCUUUGGUUAUUGGUAGAUUAAACUAUAUUGAUUGGAAAUUAAUACAGUUUUUCCAUUUUUAACCAUUAAUAUUGAUAAGUCACAUGAGGAUCGACCCACCUUAAGGUAGCUCACUACACUAAAGCUUAUACUCUUUAUGAUACUAAAUCUCAAGAAUCAAGAUGGCGAUUUAAAUGUUUUGUGAAAUUAUUUGUAUCGAUCAGUUUGUUUGUCUAUCAUCAUAGCUCGGUGGUUAAAGCAUUGGGCUGGUGAACCGCAGAUCUCAAGUUCAAAUCUGCCAGAGUCUUUUGUUCAUAUGUGUUGAAAUAAUGUUUUUGAAAAUCAUGUUUUUAUCCGAAUUUGCAUAUUUUCUGCCUUUUCGCCAUAUACACUUAUUAUCUAUAUCACCAUAUCUUUUAUGAUUAUAUCAAUUCGUACUAAUUUGAGACACUAUUUCAGGGUGUAGUGAGCCACCUUAAUAUAUGAUAUAUAUUUUAUAGAAGAAAAAAAUAAUAACGUUGAAGAAAAGAGAGUCAAAUUUUAAAUGCAAAGUGUUUCCAUUUUUAACUGCGCAAGAAGUUGGUGGCAUUUGUGGUUUGAUUUGUUGUUCAACUGUGUGUCAAAGUUUUGUGUCGUCAGUUUUCUUCCUUGUACACUUACAAAUGAUUUGUACAAGCUGAGCUCAAUAGAUUUAACCGAACCGAUUUUGAAAUACCUUUCGAACCAAAGAUCAAGGCAAUGAAUCAAACAUUGAAUAUUGCGUUUAUAUCAUGUUUAUUGAACAGAAUCGAUAUUUCUGUGAAUUGUUUCAGUCCUACUAUGUAAACCUGAGCCCCUGGUAUUUUCAGAUUCAUUUGUCAAUUUUGAGAAAUAAUCGCUACUUGUAGUUAGUUUAUUUUCCUAAAUAUUCUGUCAGUAUCCUCCUCGACUGGCAAGUUGUUGGGUUUUUUUUGGAGUGUAUUGGUUUCAUCAUGUCAGUUUUUAUUCAUAUAUCUAUUAUUGGGACAAUUAAUUGCUUUCACCAAAGAAAAUAUAAAUUCUAAGGUGGUGACCAGAGGGUUAGGAUGUGGUACCAAGAUUUGAAUUGUGUCCUUUUUACACCAUGAAUAUUGAUAGAAAUUGAAGUCAAAAGUACUUGCUGUAACUUGUAAAACAUUAAUAAAGCUGCAACUUAUGUC